UCGGAUGCGGUCGGACGUGAUUAUACAGUCCGCGAACAGAAUCUACAAAAAUUAACUAGUGAAAAACACUCGUCGCCAAACAGCAAUAUAGCAAUUAAAAUAUCAGCACAGGUGCCGAAAGCCCAUUUCCGUGCAAUAAUCGUGCAAAAAAAAGAAAAGGUGCAGAAAUAUUUAGUGAGUGUGAUUAAGGAGCCACAUCGCGCAUGUGGAAAUCAAAUUUAAUUGAGAGGAAUAUAAUUUGAGAUAUAUAUAUAUAUAUAUGUAUACGGGGAGCGGCGCAUGUGUGUGUGCGUGAGUGGGUUUUUGUGCGCCGAUGAAAAUGCAAACUGAAUGAAAUUCAGACCGAAAAGUGGACACAAAACCGUCUCGAAAAGAACAGAACAAAACGACAGGAGACACGGAUUUCCCACCAUUUCCCAGUGCUCCGAGCGGGAAAGCCUUCGAGCGAGAAAACCCAAAAAGCGAACAGCAAUCGUUACACUGUUUACCGCGGCGGGGAAUGGUAUAUUUCUUGGGGGAUUGGGGCAUGGGAGAUUCUGACUUGUCGUCAUAUCAGCAACAUGUUCCAAAUAUACAACAACAGCAGCAACGCAUCCAUGGACGUGAUCUACUCCUCCAUCAGCAGCAGCAGCAGCAGCAACAACAGCAGCAGCAACUCCAACAGCAGCAGCAACAGCAACAGCAGCAGCAGCAACAAUUUGUGGCACAAAUCUCCAGUAGCCUAAGCCAGUUGCAGUCGCAGUUGCAGUUUGCCAGUGGUUCCAGCUUUCUGCAGCAGGACUCUUCAUCUCACUCGACUCACCAUCAGACCCAGCAGCAGCAGCAGCCGCAGCAGCAACCGCAACAACAUGUUGCAGCUCCAAACAGUAGCAGCAGCUUGGUAACUGCCAAUCUCCAGCAGCUCUCAGUGAGCAACACCCCCACCAAGCCGCAGCAGCAGCAGUUGCCCGAAACACCAACCACUGCUGCCAAGGCGUCUAAGUCGUCCUCCCAACUCGGCAAGGAUCUUCUGGACAACGAGGAUGAGGUGGCAUUGCAUCCACUGUCAAACCAGGUCGGAGGACACACUCGCCUGUUGCUGCUCAACCAGUCGACGGUGAUCAAGCCGCUGAACCUGCGCGAAUUGGACUUCUACCAGAACAUUCCGCAGGACAUACUGAAGUUUGUGCCCAAGUAUAAAGGCGUCAUGCAGGCCACCACCAUGGGCGGAGCCAAGCUGGACAAACGCUACUCGCCCAGUUUCCGAGAGGAGGCCGCCGCCGUUCCCGUUCGCAAGAUGAGCGCCUCCAAGAGGAAGCGGGACGAGGUGCUGAGGAUGAAGGUUCACAAGAAUGGUCAGGCAGCUGAUGUCAUCAAGAGCAUCUCCCAACUGGACAACACCAAUAAGCAAUAUUUCCUCAUGCUCGAGAACAUCACCUCGCAGUUCCGCAAUCCCUGCAUCCUGGACCUCAAGAUGGGCACUCGCCAGCACGGCGACGACGCCUCGGCAGAGAAGCGUUCCAAACAGAUGGCCAAGUGCGCAGCCAGCACCUCCGGCUCGCUCGGCGUCCGCCUGUGCGGGAUGCAGACCUACCAGGCCGAUCUGGAGCAGUAUGCCAAGCGGGACAAGUACUGGGGCCGCGAGCUCAACGAGGGAGGAUUCAAGCAGGCUCUGCACGACUUCUUCUACAACGGAUUCAGGCUGCGGGUGCGCGUCAUCCGGAAGAUACUGCAGCGGCUUCUCCAACUGCGUCGCGUGAUUGAGAAGCAGUCCAGCUACAGGUUCUACUCUUGCUCUCUGCUUAUUGUGUACGAAGGCUUCGAGGAGAACCCGAUGGCCCAUCCGCCAUCGAUGUGCAUGGACGAGUGGCCGGAGGCACCCAAGUCGGCAACUGUGCCCGGCACUGUCUUCGACUAUCAUCCAGAGAACAGCAUAGACGAGGAGGACGACCUGGAGGACGAGGACGGGCACGAGGCCGGCGAUGAACUAGAGCCCCAUGACACGGACGAGGAUCUCCAGCUGGUGGCAGCGGACAGUGGCAAUGCCUCGGCAACCAACAGCAGCACUGGAGGCGAUGGCUGCAACUAUGAUGCGGAUGCCUCUAACGAUUCCAGCUCACUGCUCAACCUGGCCACUCGGCGGCACCUGCACAAGCGAGGAUUCGCGGAGGCGGCAGCCCGAGGUGUCAAGCAGACGGCGGCCAGUAUCACCACCACCGACGAGGAGGAGGAGGACGAGCACCCGGCUGCCAUGCCGCCACCGCGCAGCUGUGGGGUUAUGGCAGCCAAGGUGGCGGCUGCAGUUGCGGCAGCGGCUUCUGUUUCAGCUACUGGACUGGCAGGCAAGGGACCGGGCGCAUUCAUUCCAAUCUCCGAGGAGACAGUAUUCCUGGACCCAGAGCCAGCGCUGCCCAGCGUGACGACCUCAUCGCCACAUUCCGGUGACUCGUGGAUGAACUACAGCAGCAACAGUAGCGACGACUUCUCCGGUCUGUCAGAGCAGAUCAAGGCGGUUGCCAGUGGACGGCAGACGGGAAACAACAGCAGCGAUGACGCCAGCUCCGACUACGAGAGCAGCAUCAUCGGACCCACGGAGGCCAUGUUCAAGCGCUACAAGUCGCAGCAGUCCUUCGAUGCCGCUUCAGUUGCUGCCGAAUCCGCCUCUUCCCCGCCCCACACUGCCGGCAACUCCAGCGUCUCCAAUGGCACCGGAACCGGCACCGCCACCGCCCGCUCCCUGGUCUCGCCUGCCUCCUCGAGCGCCUCGUCUCUGAAGUCGGUCAAGGGUGCUGUGAAACGAUUGCGCUGCAAGGACGAUGAUGAGCAGGCGGCGGCUCUGGGGGAGUGCGACUCGCGCGAGGCCAAGAAAUCCACGAUCACCUCGACGCCUGUGUCGGCCGUAUCCUCGCCGGCGAAGACCUCCAACCCGCCCUCGCACUCCUCCCUGCUGGCCGGCUUGCUCCUGGACUCGCUGGACAACAGCAGCGAGCAGCUUGCCCCGCGCAACUCAGCCCUGCUGCAGCAUAGUUCCAAGUCAUUGGACAUGUCUGCACCCCCCACAGACGACUCCCAGUGCUUUGUGGACGUGCGCCUCAUCGACUUCGCCCACACGGCCUUUGUGCCGAGGAACGGCAGCAUGCUGCCCACUCCAGUGGCCGCACCGGUGCACCAUGGACCCGACGGAGGAUUCCUGACCGGGCUGGAUAGUCUCAACCGUCUGCUCAACGAAAUACUGGCCGAGGAGCGCAUCUGAAAACUUAAAAAAACAGGAACAAAACCCAAAAAAAAAAUGGAAAAAAUUGAAAAUGGAAAAAAGAGUAGUGGAACCUGGGGAUCCUGGGAAAGGAACAGAAGUUAAGAGUACAAUUUGAUUUCAGAAUACCUAAAUUGUUGUAGCAACAUGCGUUAAAUUAUGAAACUAAAAAUCUGAAACUAAUCUUUAGAAAUUCGAAAUGUGAUUCAACAAAACCUAUUUAACAACCGGAUAUAAGCCCAUAUAACUUUUAACUUUUAACCAAAACACGUAAAAUUAAGCGCAGGGCGGAGCCUGUUCCCCCGGAAUUACCGCAGCAUUUGUGGACAACCAGAAGAUGAAGGAUAAUGUAAAAUUGAUUUGUGAACAAGACGCUUCCAAAACCGUAGUUGAGAGUUAGCUUGAGAGUAGUUUGAUAGUUUGAUAUUGUUCGUGCAUUCUGCAUUUCAGAUCCAUACGUUAAUCGGCGAAAGUGCAUAUUGAGUUGUAACCCUUUGUUAGAAUUUAUAGUGCUGCCCACGGACGGAUCGUACGUUUUAUACCUAUCCAUUACAAAACAAUACAAUGCAAAAUGACAAACCAACAAACAGACAGCGUAAGAAACAGUAUUUCGUUCUAUGUAUCUAUAUGCUUAAAUUCUUAACCCGUUUUCUUUCCAAUGUAGUGACAAAAGUUGCAAAAACCAGAGUUUACCAUAAACUAUCAAUUAAAUACAUGAAAAAAAACACUUUUUAAGUUAACGAUUAAAGAGAGAAACGCUAUUAAUAUAUAGAUACUACAUAUAUUAUUAUUACUUAUUGUGUAACUAGAGAAAUAAAUGAAAAACGAUUUAUGUAUAUUUUCACUUAACCACGUUUAAAAAUUACAAUGUUCUACAAAUUGCAACCAUACAUUUACUGAAUAAAUAAAAAUCAAAAAUAUCAAA